AUGUCCGUCCAGACAGCAAAAUCACCUAUGGUGCAAGCGCCUGAACGUAUCGCUGUUGGAACAGAUGACACCAUAGGACCGGCCAUCGUACCGCCAGGAAAAUGGCGGUUGGCCAUUAUCACGGUGUCUUUGUGCUGUGGAACCUUUCUAGUCGCGCUUGAUACUACAAUUAUCAGCGUCGCCGUGCCCAGUAUCUCCACAACGUUCCAGGCAUUUGACGAUGUAGGCUGGUAUGGAUCCGCCUAUCUUCUCACUGUGACGGCCUUCCAACCAGCCUUUGGCAACGUCUUUCAGCUGUUCAAUGCGAGAACAACAUACGUUGUCGUCGCGAUUCUAUUUGAAGUGGGAUCUGUGUUAUGCGCUUCCAGUCCUAGUUCCACAGCCUUCAUCUGCGGUCGAGCGAUUACGGGCGUUGGCGCGGCUGGAUUAUAUCAGGGUGCGCUCAGUAUCGUUGGGCUCACCGUGCCGUUGGAACAACGACCCAUGUACCUGGGGAUCGUUCUGAGCGUGUUUGGAAUUGCUGCGUGCCUGGGACCACCGCUAGGAGGAAUCCUCACGCAGCAUGCGACCUGGCGCUGGUGUUUCUGGAUCAACCUCCCCAUCGGUGCCGUGUCUAUCUUCCUGAUAUUUUGCUUCCUGAAGCUCCGCGCCCGUCCCUCCAAGUCGCCAGAUGGUAUUCUCGCGCGCAUCCGACCCUUGGAUCUUAUUGGUAUUAUCUUGAUCAUUGCGUCGGUGUGCUGCUUGAUCCUCGCAUUGCAAUUCGGCAGCAGCGCCAACUAUUGGCGCUCAUCCCGAAUAAUUGGCCUGUUUAUCGCUACUGGACUGUUCCUGGUAGCGUUUUCCAUCUCUCAAUGGCAUCAGGGAGAGCGUAGCACUAUUCCCCUUCGAGUGCUCCGUCAACGCUCAGUCCUCAUGGGCGCUAUAUUUUCUUUCUUCUUGGAGAUCAGUAUCUACGAGACUCUCUACUAUAUCCCCUUUUACUUCCAGUCCGCGCAACUGGUCUCCCCAACCGUGAGUGGUAUCCGAGGGAUUCCACUCGGCGUCUCCCAGAUUGCUGCCGUCGUCCUCACAGGUGUAGCAGUUUCCCUAACAGGGCAUUACGUCCCAUUCAUGGUCCUGGGCCAAGUCGUCUCCAUUAUUGGGACGGUCUGUCUAGCCAGGCUCGAGGUCGACACGUCAUCCGCACUAUGGGCGACAUUCCUCGUUAUUGCCGGGGUGGGACAUGGCAUGGGACUGCAAAUGCCCUUCACAGCGGUACAGGUCGUUCUGAGUGACGAGGAUAUCCCGAUCGGAAAUGCCAUCACCGUAUUCUUCUCCCAGCUCGGCGCCGCGAUUGCCAUCGCCAUCGGUGAAAGCAUCUUCCAAACAGGCGUCGCCCACCAAGUCCAUGCAUCCCAUCUUCCCAUCUCCGCUGAGACGGUCAUCGCCGCCGGUCCAACUGGCCUACGGUCCCUCACCACCGACACGGCAAUACUCCGCCAGCUGCAAGACGCCUAUGCCUACGGAAUCCGGAUGGUCAUGUACUUCGCGCUAGCCGCAUCAUGCGCGGCAGUACCGUUUGCCUUGGGGAUGGAGUGGCUGAAUGUAAAGAAGGAGGCAGCAAAAAGGAAGAAAGUGGAGGAGACGGUCGACGAGAAAACGCAGGGCAACGAGGAAAAGGGCAAAGAACAGGAAGAAAGUAGUCUUGGUUUAGCGACGUAACGUACUUUCUUUGUUGUAUAGCCUGAGACUUCUUAAUGGAAUGGGGAAAUAAUAUCCGCAAGGCUGACCAUACUGUGUGGAUGAGUCUAUACCAC